GCGGGCUCGGCACGACUAUCUACUGCCGCGCCGCGGCGCGGCGCGGUAUGGUUUAAGAUAUAUGCAGUUUCUAUCUUCUCUGCGGGCACGGUUUGACAGCGCGAUCCACUAUCUACCGUGGAUAAAAUUAUAACUCGUCGCAUAAAAAAAUGUUGCUAUCUGAAAUAAAAGUGUUGUUUUUUCAUUUGUUAACACUAUACCCCCAAUAGUGCUGUUCUAAAUCAUUCGUUCAUUUCGUAAUCUUUUUUCUUUUUUUGGUUUAUAAAUGCGAUUUUUGACGUACUCACAAGAUUAGAAAAGGAUAGCGCUAUACAAGUUUUUACUGUUUUAUUAUGAGUCUUGUGAUUGUUUCAAUGACAAAAAAACGCGAACAAAAAAAAAAACGCGAACAUAAAAAAUACAAACGAACUGAGAAAAGUCGUCAACUUCUUUUGAACUUUGUGAAGUAAAAAUUUUCGUGAUCUUUUUGGAAAUGAACCCGCAGUUAGGGAAAAAGAAAAUAAGGAGUACUCUAACUCAACAAAAAAUGUUAGUUGAUUAUAUGAGUACACACCCCAGUUUUGCCAACGGGGAGUUCACUGGCCCCUUGGGCAGCCAGCAGUAUCUACAGCAGUGGGAAACGCUGCGGAUGCUGCUGAGGGAACAUGGGCCUGACAAAUCCAUAGAACAAUGGCGACAUACUUGGCGGGAUUUAAAAAAAAAAGCAAGGGGCGAAGGAGCGAGCCUACGUAAGGCUUUGACCGCCACAGGCAAUUUAAUUCCUGUGCCAAGCCUCUCCGAGACAACAAAUAAAAUUUUAGGUGUCAUUGGCACAGAGAUGGCUUUUGGUAUAGGUGGCGACUCACAGGAGACAGGUAUUGGGGAGCUGCCAUCUCAUAAAACUGUGGAGUCGUCAAUGGGUCAGUCACAGGAAUUGAAUAAUGAAAUAGAGAUUGAAAUCAUCGAAAACCAGGGGCAGGCUCUGGGAUAUGCCGUCCCUUCCAUAGUGCGUCAAAUAGAGAUGCCAGUCUUCAAUGAAGAACAGAGGCGGGUUCGGGCACAAAGUCCCACCAACCCCACGUCGACAUCCACACAGAGCCAAAUACAGAUGCCAGUUUUUAAUUUAGAACACAGGCAGGCCCCGGGACAAAGUCCUAUGUUACCCGCUUACACGUCGACCUUCACACGGAGCCAGAAUACUGCUCAUAGAGACGUGCACCCUACCACUUCCACAUCACAGCAGCGGCGUAUUGGGCUAGGAGAUCGGGCCGUCGAGUUUCUUGCGGCAGAGCAAGCAACGACAAAUGUUUUAAAAGAUAUAGUCAACACCAUACAGACACAGAACCAAUUAUUGAAGGAGAGAAAUAAUAAUUUGGUUCUGCAAAACAGAUUAAAAAACAGGGAGCGACUUCGUCAGGCAAGAUUAAAGAAGUUUUUGUAAAGUUUUAAUUUAAGAUAAUACAAUAAUAUUGUUGUUGUUAUUUUUUUUGUUAAGUUUAGAUAGAUUAGAUAUGCACAGAAC